AAGUUCUCGUAUAUUUACGAAAAAUCGUUUAUUUCCUUUUCUCAAUACAGAAUGCUUACUUUUAAUCAAAGUGAGCUGUAAAUCACAUAUCUACCCUGUUACUUGUUGCCUUUGUCACCGUAAUUGCUUUUUUCUGGGAAACCUUACUGGUAAAUAAUAUCAAAGUUUCAUUUUUUGUGUUGGGCACCUCAGGGUGUUAUAUCUUAAAAUAAGAGUUGCCGUCGUUUGACGGAACUGAUAUAUAGCACCAGGACAAUUCAGUUAACUCGUAUAGCUGCAGCGUUUUCCACUCAUACAUUUCCUAUUAUAACACUCAUCAUAUCUGAUAAGAUGGAGACAACAUUUCUUAAAGUAUAUCUAGAAUUCCCAGAGACAUUUCUUAGAUAUAUUUUGUUCUAAGACUUCGGUCGUCAACUGCAACGGUAAACGAAACACAAGUCAACACUUUUACUAUCUAUGACCCUUUAAAUUUGUUUGUCCGGAAAUCCAUUUUAAUUUCCUUGACCCCAGUCAUCCAAUGUUGCAGUUUAUACCCAACUUGUGAUUAUUCACAUGCACAUUAUAUAUGAUUUUCCAUUCCGUUAGUAAGGCAAUUUUUCUACAAAACUCACUGUGUAGAUGUCUUAGAUUUGAUAUUAAAAUGCUUCUAAUGAUCAACAAACUUGGUAAAUCAGUGAUUCGAAAUAGUAGUAUCGUUGAUUAGUGACUAUUCUCUGUGGUAUCUAUAAGAAUCUUGUUUUUACAUACAUCAAGCUCUAGAAUCUCAUACCAACAUUCAGAAUUGGAGUUCGCGAACAAAAUUCCUUAAUUUUGAUUUGAAUUGGACUUUAUAGAGGAAUCCUCCAAAUAAUCAAAAAUCUGUCUCUGGACUCUUGGAUGAAUAUUUGAAAAUUUAGUCAUGUUGUUCGGGAUGCUAGAUCCCCAAAAAUCACUUGAAAACGUCUUAUUUUUGUAUUUUGAUUAUGGAAUUUUUAAUUUCUCGUUUUUACUUCAAAUGUGCCUAUUUUCACAUUCAGAUUGUAUUUCCCAGUUGGAAGUACUCUAAAUGUCAUCGGUUCGUUUCCUCUUUUAAUUUAAUACUUUGUGACGUUUUUUAAGGACAUUUUUAUGCUGCAUAUAUGCGAUUACGUUGUGUGCUUGUUGUUGUUAUUGUUUCUGAGUGCUUGUGUGAUGCUCUUUCGUCUGAACCGGGUCUUCUCCCUCUAGUUAGCAGGGCUGGGACACAUCGGGAUAGUUUAGCUUGUUUUGUCGUUGUGUCGCUGAUCCCUCAUAAUUUUUUCAAACAGCACAUUGAGUAAGGUGUAUUAGUGUUUUUACAUAAUGUAACUCUUAAUGACCAUAUUAUUCCUUACAUCUUAUUCCGUGAAUAGUGGUAUGUUGUGCUAUUCCAUCUUCACUCUUUUUGUCUCUUAAUUAUUUGUUACUAUUGUAGUCAUUGUUUUAGUGUAACUUUUCCAUCGGAUCACUCUUCACUGUACUGAUUUUAAAUGUGGAGACAUGAAAUGACAGUUGUUUCUCUCGAAUCAUACAAUACGUACUUGUGUAGCAAUUUGAAAAAAUCUAUGAAUGUCCAAACCUUGUUGUCUCAUCGUCUCAUAAAUUUACCAGCUGCUGACUACCUAGUUAGUGUCUUCGCAAUCAUCUUGACCUGUGGCUGGAAACGUUGGAUGAUAUAGCUAAAAUUUAUUUGUAGUACCAGUGAGUUGCUCAGUUUCUUUUCCCAGUCCCUAUAUUUUAAUAUUAUUGCAUACCUUUUUUCCUGUCUUUCGGAGUCACAUUCUCGACUUUUGGUUCUUACCAUCAUUAUUUCUGCUGUAGUUCCAACUUCUUUCCCAUCCAUCAGACCAACUUCGUCCCAUUAUCUGGAUAGAGUGUAAAAUGUUAAAGCAAUGAACAUACGUCCAUACGUUGUUUGUAACUGACUGAUUGUUAAAGUGUUAUUUGACAUGCCUCUAUAUUGCUCUGUGCAUAACUUUGUCUGUCUGAACUGCAUAGUAUAUUUUAUCGCCUAAAGAUGUGUAAUAGUGUGUUUGCACCAUCUUUAAAUGUUUGUCGUUGUAUUACUUUUAAUCCUAUCACGUUUCCUAGGUCUUGAUAAAUACCACGUGGAUUACUAGAUCAUAUUCAUGAAUUCACCAAAUUCUAACCAUCAUUGUUUACUUCGUCACGAUCCUGUUACUGCACGUGCCAUUUCACGUUUAAGUCAUGGAGUUGCUCGUUUGACUGCAAGCCUUAAUCCCGAUAGACAGUAUCGACAUUUUCGUACCAGACACGCAAAAUCCAGGAACAGAACUGAAUCAGAAUCUAUAUUGAACGACCGCCAAUCUAUUACAACAGGUUCAAAACGUAAAUGGCAACUGGAUAAAAUUGAACUGGAUACAAUCAUGGAAUUGGAACAUUCCACGGCUGUUUGUUUGAAACCUGUGCAAUCACCACCAUCAUCGUUAUUAUUAUCAUCGUCAUCAUCAAACAUGGAAUCAUUACAGCAUGUAUCCGUAUCGAUAGAUGCUUUAAAUUUACAAACUAAACCAAUCCCACCCUUUUCUUGUUCAAAUCCUAUGUUGUAUAAAUCACUAAGCUCCGAUCAUAUUGAAGCCGUGGGACGUUAUUCUUCAGGAUCGUCAAUGCUUUCAAUCACUGGAUCAUCAGAUAAUAAUUCUGAGAGUGAUGCUUCGUCACAUGAUGCUGACAUUGAAGAUGCAGAUCAUGGUGACUUAAUCUGUUUCAAAGGUGGUAGAUCGUUGACAAGAAUUAGUAGACGUAAAUCAUCUAUUCUCGAUAAACAUUCUUAUGAAUUAUGGAGACCAAUGGAUACUGUGUAUCAUGCUUCUGGGGGAGGCGGUGGUGGCGGUGAUUCAUCGGACGGCCUGUCAAUAAAUAUUAAAAUUCCACGAUUAACAUCAAUACACUUACAUAAUACAACUGGACUAUAUUGUGAACAUUCAUCGUCUAGGUUAUCACCGGUUAUCUCAUCUAGUUAUCAACAAACUAAAAGAAAUACUAUCAGUGGUAUGUUAGCCUCGUCAUCAUCUGAUACAAAUCAUUGUCGCCGUGGUCGUCGUAACAAGAAAUGCAAGUGUAGACCGCGAAAUAAGAGUGAUACUACUGAUGAUAAACAUGGAGAACAUAUCUGUCAUAAAAGUUGUAUCAAAAAUGGCUCACAUUCUUCGUCUAGUUCAUCAUUGUCAACUGAAGAAUCAUCCGAUGAGAAACGUUCGAAAGGUUUCAUUGUAUACAAACAUCGAUUCACCUCUAUACCAGAACAUCAGAACACUUGUGAUACUGAUAUGAUGAAUGUGACUUGUCGUAAUAAGAAAACUAUUCAAAAAAUCAUCAAAUCACCAUCUAUCAUAACAGAUAACAAUCGUUGUAAAACAGUUGUUGAUCCGUUCAAUUCAAAAUAUCAGUUAGAUGAUUCAACUAAUUCAACUCUAGAUGAACCUGUUGAUCCGGAACUGGCUAAUCUUUUACAUGGAACUUGGCCAUUAUUAAGUAACAGAGCAAAAUUAAAUUAUACAAAAGCAAUGAAUUUAUCUAAUUCAAAACGAUAUCCUAAUUUAAAAAAACGCAAUACAUCUAAUAAUCAUAAAAUGAAAGAGGAUUCAAAAUCUAUCCAACAAAAUUCAAUUAAAUUUCUUCCAUCUAAAUUAAAUCAAUUUUAUGUACAAAAUGAUUCAAUAUGUAAGACUGAUAAAUCUAACCGUCAAAUGCCUACACCUCCAUGGAUGAUUAGUGACAAUGAGUCAUUACGGGAUUCUGAUGAAUUUGACUCUGAUCAUAAUAAAAAAGUACAUACUCCCUGUGUGAACAAUCAACGUCCAUGUAUUGACAAUUGGAAAGCAGAAGUGUCCAAUGCUAAACCAUUAAACGAGACCAAUAAAGGUCAUUGUUUAUUGCAAAAACUUGGUUGGAAACCUGGUGAUAAAUUAGGGCAAAAUGGUAAAGGUCUAAUCACACCAGUCAAUUGUAAAAAAGAUAGUCAUUCGUUUCCGAUAUGAUUGAGACAUCCCCUUUUUAAGUAUUUUUUUGUAAUUUCUAAUCUGUUUUUCACUCUGCAAAGUGCUUGUAUAUAAAUAGUAUGUAAUUCUAAUGUUACAAUCAGAUAUGGUGCUCUCUUUUGUUGGAAAUAACAUCAAAGGACUGAAUUUUAAUCAUUACAUUUUACAUAUUCAAAUGUGUCCUUCAAUUGAUAUCUACUUACGUACUUACUUACGCCUGUUACUCCCAGUGGAGCAUAGGUCGCCGACCGGCAUUCUCCAACCCACUCUGUUCUUGGAACUGAUUUUUACUUUCAUGUAUAUACUGUUGUUAAUGUCUUUUUCCAUGAAUCAAUCAAAAUAGUCUGUGAUUCUUUUUUUGUCUUUUUCCACUGUUGAAUUUUUGUUCCUAAUCGGUGUUCUUUCUUCUUUCAGUCUUAUUCAGUUGAAUAAAUUGUUUGUUUAAUAAAUU